AUGUCCGGCCUCGACCCCAGCGCACCCUCGCAGCCGACGCAGCAAGCGGGCCUCAACCAGGCUCGCAACCCGGCGUCCAAGACGUCCGCGGAGCAAGAAACCUCUCGCGACACGUCGAGCAAGGACGCCCCGAUCGUCGACCACCGCGAAAGCCACGAUGUACCUUCGCAGCACGGCGGUGCCGCGCACCCCGGCGCCCGCGGGUCCGGCGCCCGCGGGCCCCUGACCGAGACCCUCAUCCCGGAAUCCGACGCGCAAAACUAUUCGCAGAACAGCGAGCUGGAGGGCGAGCAGAUGCGCAUGGCGGGCGAGGGGGACGUCGCGAGGGCGGUGCGCCGGGGCGGCGGCGGCGGACACCUGGGCCAAGAGAGCCUCACGGCCGACGUGGGCCGGAAAGAGGCCGAGCACGAGGCCGAGCUGCACAGGCGAGGGGAGCGGACGGGGAAGGAGAUCGAAGAGGAGGAGAAGGAGGACUGGACCGGCAGGAAGGCGGACGUGGCGAGCGCGUUGGAAGGAGGGAGGGAACGCAUCGACGAGGGGGAGAGGCCGAAGGUGGUCCUUGCUCCGGAGGAGUAA